UUUCCACAUGACAGUUGCCCUGAUCAAUCCUAAAACCAUAAGGCCGUGAUCUGGCCAUACCUCAAUGGACCCUGGGGGCAUCUUGAAGGCAUUUCCCAAGCGGAGGAAAAUUCAUGCCAAUCCAUCAUCAAAAGCACUUACAAAGAUUCCCAAGCAAGAAGGUGGAGAAGAAGCAGGAGAGUGGUUGAGCUCCCUGCGGGCCCAUGUUGUGCCCAGUGGCAUUGGGCGAGCCCGGGCAGAACUAUUUGAGAAGCAGAUUAUCAAGCAUGGUGGCCAGAUAUGCGCUGCCCAGGCCCCAGGGGUCACUCACAUUGUGGUGGAUGAAGGCAUGGACUGUGAGCGAGCCCUCCGCCUCCUUCGACUGCCCCAGCUACCCCAGGGUGUUCAGCUGGUGAAGUCGGCCUGGCUGAGCCUGUGCCUGCAGGAGAAAAGGCUAGUGGACACAGCAGGAUUCAGCAUCUGCAUCCCCAACAGGUACCUGGACCAACCACAGCUCAGCAAGGCAGACCAAGACUUUUCUGUGCCUCCUGGAGCCCAUGAGGAUGUGCUCAGGACAGCCCUCUCUCCUCCCCGCCCUCCCACCAGGCCUGUAUCUCCUCCCUGGAAGACGGAGGAGGCCCCGAGCACCCAAGCCCAGCCUGGCUAUGAUGAUGAAACCAGUGACGGGGAAGAGACCCAGGUUAGCGCAGCUGAUCUGGAAGCCUUUAUCAGCGGUCACUACUCCACUCCCUUUGAGGGAGAUGGUGAGCCUAGUCCAGCCCCUAAGGGCCUGGAUAAGUGGGUCUGUGCACAGCCUUCGAGCCAGAAGGCGAUCAACCACAACCCCCACCUCACAGAGAAGCUGGAAGUGCUGGCCAAAGCCUACAGUGUUCAGGGAGACAAGUGGAGGGCCCUGGGCUAUGCCAAGGCCAUCAAUGCCCUCAAGAGCUUCCACAAGCCUGUCACCUCCUACCAGGAGGCCUUCGGUAUCCCCGGGAUUGGAAGGCGGAUGGCUGAGAAAAUCGCAGAAAUCCUGGACAGCGGGCAUCUGCGGAAGCUGGACCAUAUCAGUGAUAGCGUGCCUGUCUUGGAGCUCUUCUCCAACAUCUGGGGAGCUGGAACCAAAACUGCCCAGAUGUGGUACCAACAGGGCUUCCGGACCCUAGAAGACAUCCGCAACCAGGCCUCCCUGACUACCCAGCAGGCCAUUGGCCUGAAGCAUUAUGAUGACUUCCUGGAACGCAUACCCCGGGAGGAGGCUACAGAGAUUGAGCAGACAGUCCGGGAAGCAGCUCAGGUCUUCAACCCCGGGCUGCUGUGUGUGGCAUGUGGUUCUUACCGCCGGGGGAAGGCAACCUGUGGUGAUGUGGACGUGCUGCUCACUCACCCGGAUGGCCGGUCUCACCAGGGUAUCUUCAGUCCUCUCCUCGACAGCCUUCGGCACCAAGGGUUUCUGACAGAUGACCUGGUGAGCCAGGAGGAGAACGGCCAGCAGCAGAAGUACUUGGGGGUGUGCCAGCUCCCCGGGCCGGGGCGGCGGCACCGACGACUGGACAUCAUCAUUGUGCCCUACAGCGAGUUUGCCUGCGCCCUGCUCUACUUCACUGGCUCUGCCCACUUCAACCGCUCCAUGCGGGCUCUGGCCAAGACCAAGGGCAUGAGCUUGUCGGAGCAUGCCCUCAGCACCUCUGUGGUCCGGGACACCCAAGGCCUCAAGGUGGGGCCUGGCCGAGUGCUGCCCACCCCCACUGAGAAGGAUGUCUUCAGGCUUUUAGGCCUACCCUACCGAGAACCAGCUGAGCGGGACUGGUGACCCACGGCUGGGGGGAGAGGAGGCACCAAGCUGGACUGGCUGCCCCACCUGGCCAUCCAGUACUUAGCCCCAGCCUUAGUGGGCUGAACCUCACCACUUCCGCCACCUGGGCCUGAGGGAAGGGGCCAGCCUGGCUUCCAGGCUCGGCUUGGCCCGGCCCUCUCCUCAACAGGAGCAGACUGCUGUCCUUCUACCUCACCAGUGCCCCUGGUAGAGUUUUGUACACGGCCCCUUGCCCCAUUUUAAGCAAGAACAGGUGCUGGUGUGAAGCCAGCUUCCUGUGCUGAAGGCCCAGACACCCCUCUUCCCUACCCAAGGAGGGUUUGGCUGCUGGGGGUGGGAUGGGGGCUGCAGGGGAAGGGGCAAACAGCUGUCGCUGAGCAUCACCUAAGACCCUUUGGAGCAAGAGAAUGCGCUACUCCACAUGGACUCCUAUGCGGCCCGCUUCCUCUGCAGCUGGAGGUGUUGGGAGGGGGCAACCGAGGCUCGGUAAGGACAGCAUCUGAAGGCCCAGGGGCCCAGUAAAGUGCACUUGACAUUC